CAAUGUCACAUAAUAUCUUACUGAUGUGGUGUGGCUGUUAGUUAAUGCCGUGUCAUCAAUCGUUUUUCAUCCGUGAUAGAAGAUCGAACUAAGUGCGAUAUUCGAAAGUGGCCGAAUAUGGUAUCAGAUGGCUCAAACUUUGCAUUGAUGUAAAAAAAGAGGGUGGUAUAAAAACCUAUCAAAACUGAUACCGUAGUUAUUGGGUUCUCCGAGAAAGAAACCCUUCAAUUGGGUUAGUAGUCUAUCGAAGCCGGCCGCGACGUGACAGCGAAAAAAAUCGAAAGAAACAGCACAGAAAAACCCUACCGAAAUGGGGCUGCUGUACAAGAUACGGGUUCGAGUGGUCAACUUUUUGGUGUUUUUCUUUCUAAUCGUCCUGCUGCCAGGAUUGCCACCGAAAACGACGUUUCCGUUCGAGGCAUUUAGUUUACCACCACUGAAGGAGCUGAAGGGAGGUCUGGAGCCGAACAAUCAUCUUGAUAAUGCCGAACGAUUAUUCGAGGGUAAAUUGUAUGGACCAGAAGCACUGUUGGUGCGUGGAAAAGACCUGUACGCCACGGUGCAUGGUGGUGAGAUUGUUCGUAUAAAUGGGCCCCACAUUACCCACGUGGCCAAAUUGGGUAAACCUUGCGAAUAUUCCUUCGAGGAACAGAUCUGCGGACGCCCAUUGGGAUUGGCUUUUGACACUCAAAGCGAUAGUUUGGUAGUUGCCGAUGCGUACUACGGGAUCUGGUUGGUGGAGCUGUCCACCGGUGAUAAAAAGCAGCUUGUGUCGGGUGAUAUUGCACUCGAUGGCAAGAACAUCAAAAGAAAGCCGCAUAUUUUCAAUUCGGUGGCAGUGGCCAAGAAUGGAGACAUUUAUUGGACCGAUUCCUCUUCCGAUGUUGAUCUACACGAUGGACUGUAUACAGUUUUUGCAAAUCCUUCUGGUCGUUUGUUCCAUUAUGAUCGGAAAACAAGACGAAACACGGCUCUGUUGGAUAAAUUGUACUUUGCAAACGGUGUCGUGUUGAGUCCCCAGGAAGACUUUGUGUUAGUGGCGGAGACAAUGUCGUCGGUGAUUCGGCGAGUAUACUUGAAGGGUCCAAAGGCAGGAACAGACGAUGUGUUCGUUGAUGGUAUACCUGGCGCACUGGAUAAUCUGAUAGCUGACGAAGAGGGUCUGUGGGCUCCACUUGUGAUGGCUGCUGAUGAAGAGAAUCCAUCGAUUGGUCAUCUAAUGUGCAAGGUUCCGUUAAUCCGUAAAUUUCUCGCUCGAUUGCUGUAUCUGGCUGAAAUGCCUUUCCGCAUUUUGCAUCAAGUUUGGCCAUCAGUCCAUUCUCAACGGAUAUUGCAUGCCAUUGGACACUUUGAAAUGGUAUCGUUUAUGAAUGCGGAUCGCGUAACGGUAGUCCGCCUGGAUUGGCAAGGAAACAUUGUUGGCUCACUGCACGGUUUUGAUCGUUCAUUAGCAUCAAUUUCUCACGUCGUUGAACUUGGCGACUAUCUGUACCUUGGUUCGCCAUACAACAAAUAUCUGGCACGUGUUAAAAUGCCGAAGAUUAAGGUUCCGAAGGUUCGCAUACAGAAUGUUCAUUUUGAACCAGAACCAGUUCCAACUGUAACCACUACGACCAGUACAACGCCAAAACCAACGACAACCACGACCACCACGACUCCAAAACCAGUUACUACCACCACCACCACCACAACGACGCCGAAACCUCCAUCAACUACCACCACAUCCACAACGACCACAACCACCCCAAAACCAACUCCGAAAGCUACCCCAACUCCACAGCAACCUAAACCAACGAAACCCCCGACGGUCACCGAAGCUCCGGUGAAGAAACAGGAAAAACCGGAGAAGCCAACCAAACCCCCAACCGCAACACCAGCACCGGAAAAGAAACCGGAACCGGCUCCCAUACACGAAAAGAUUCCCGAUGACAUUCCGAAACCGAAACAGGAGAAGCUCAAAGUCAUCAAGCGUGGUGGCGAGCAAGGAGAGCUGUAAUAUGUUCGCUUCUUCUGCUACUCGUUACAUUCCCUUCGGCAGCAAGCUUUGUUCGGUAGAAUGACUGAGUUACCGAUAGCAAACGCACAUUUGUCUACAGUUCAAGGCUGGCAAUUCAAACUGCCACCGUACAACAGUGUGCAGCGUCUGUCCAUGUCCCAGUGAGAUUGAGAUUUUCAUACUAUAUCGGCUCACCACAAUUCUCCUCACACCUUCCAUUCCACCAGUGAGAAAGUUAUCUCUAAGAAUCAAACAACCUGCGAAGUUUAUUUCGUCAUUCGAUGUCCUCUCAAGUACUAGCAGUAGUGGUCUAAUUUUUAGGUACAGGUUCGCGGGUCGUUUACGAACACAUUUUCAUGGUUGGCCAUCAAAAGGUUAAAAGUAGAAUAAAUUAAGCGUAAUUUAGAAAGAACAAAAAUUUGGUCGGGAAUGAUAGUGUUAAGAAUUCUAUUAUUUCUUUUCGGCUAAGACUGUGAGAGAUUGGUUAUUGGUUGAGCGUCGUCACAUUAUUUACAAACUAUCACAUACUAAUAUGUCGAUAAAUAGAAGUAAAAUUCAAAGCUUUAGAGAUUUUUAUGUUUCUAAUAGAAUCGCACUCAUUGAAAUAGUAA